UUAUGGAAGACGUGGUUGUCGAUUUCAUCCAAAACAAGAGUGGAUUGAGAAAUUUUUAAUUUUUGAUGAGGAAUUUCUACGUUUAUAUCAAUUAAAUUGCGAUACAAUUGGCACAAAAAUGAUUCAUGCCAAACAGUCACCACCUCCAAGUCCUCCUCUUUCAUUUCACAAUUCUUCACCAUUACCAUCUCCAAUUCCUAGUCGAACUGAAAAACACAGUGCUACAGCAAAACGAUCAAAAUUUCUAAGACGUCUCAUUUAUUUUCGUCACAUGGACUUUGAAUUUGCAUUAUGGCAAAUGUUAUAUUUAUUCAUAUCACCACAGAAAGUAUACAGAAAUUUUCAAUAUAGGAAACAAACAAAAGAUCAGUUUGCAAGAGAUGAUCCAGCUUUUUUGGUAUUAUUAAGUUUUUGGUUAAUAGUCUCAUCUAUUGGUUUUUCAAUAGUGCUAGAGCUAAGAUUUCUUCAAUUCUUUAUAUUUCUACUGUGGGUCAUUUUUGUUGACUGCAUUGGUGUCGGCUUAUUAAUUGCAACAUUCCUGUGGUUUAUCAGUAAUCAUUAUCUGAGGAAACCUACUUGUCAGGAUCAAGAUGUUGAAUGGGGUUAUGCGUUUGAUGUUCACUUAAAUGCAUUUUUACCAUUGCUCAUACUUCUUCAUGUGGUGCAAUUAUUUUUGUAUUAUGUUGGUUAUGACAACUCGUUUAUAUACCGAUUUUUUGGAAAUUCCUUAUGGCUUUUGGCUCUUGGUUACUACAUCUAUAUCACAUUUUUAGGCUAUAGUGCCUUACCUAUUCUAAGAAACACACAGAUUUUGUUAUAUCCUAUGAUUGUAACAUUUCUACUGUAUAUCAUUUCAUUAAUCACAGGAUGGAAUGCCUGCAUUGCAAUAAUGGACUUUUAUAAGCUUAGGAUUCAGUAAACUGUUGUAAAUUUAAAAACUAAUUGCAAUAAUUAUUUUAUUAUUAUUUUUUUUGUGCUUGAAAUUUGUGUAGAAUUAUUUGUAAAUAAAUCAUUUUGUCUAUUAUCAUGUAAUUGUUUCCAUUCUAUACUUUAAAUAUUUGAAUAAUAAUAAUAAUAAUAAUAAUAAUAAAUGCAUUCAUUUUUUUCAUUGCUUUUUAUUCUUGAGAUUUUCUCAUAAGCAUAGGCAAUUUUAAUAAUCAUUGGGAAUAUGUUAAAAUUUUAACUGAUGUAAAUAAAAUAAAUUUGUUUCAAUAUAAUCAAACCAAUUAAUUAAAUGAUGGUAAAACAAGACUGUCAACCAGAAUUUAAACUUAUGUAUAUAAAAUUAUGUAAAAUUUGAAAAUGUUUGUCAAAAAAUCUUUGUCAUAAUUACAGAUGGUUCAUUAUUGAACAAUAAACUGAAAUGAAAUACA